GAGCGCCAACUCGGAAUCUUCGACAUCAUCUCUGGAUGGAAUAACCGGUCUGGAGGUUGAGGAAAAUGAAACACGACUGGAUUCGACCAAUCUUCAUGUAGGAGAUAGGCCACAUGGGGAGACACACUCGGGCCGUAAUGUUAGUAAGAGAAGUUGUGAAGAAUCGGUGUCGACGUUAUUGCGUUGA